CGUGUGUCACAUUCCGGAGAUUCCACCCUGUAUCUUCAAGUUUUGAAGAUCUGUUAAAAUUGACAAGAAAGAAAGGGCUAAGGAGUAAAAGGGUGGUGUAAAGUGUGUGUUUUCUGCGCGCACAGCAUCAAUAACAAUUUCUCAAACAGCGUCGCAGAAGUGUUGCCGUAGGACAAAGCUGACGCACUUGAUCGGGAUUUACUUCCUGCAUCUCGCUGAGACUUUCGCAUUGGUGUUUGUAAACACAUUACACUAGGCAGAUAGGUAUGGCUGUAGAUUCAGCUUCAUCAGAGAAGAAAUCAAGCAAUGCAGUGAAUGAGUUGCUGACUUUUAAUGCUGAGAAUAUGCAAAGCAACAUGAAAACUAUCUAUUACAGCCGAACAUUUUUAUCUAUAAUUGGUGGAGUUGUUGCGGGUAUUUUGGGAUUUACAGGCUUGAAAGGAUUUGUGUUUUACUUACUUCUCAUGGCACUCACUUCACUUGGGCUCAUUGCGAAAGCAAGUUUUUCAACCCACACAUACUUUGACUCCUGGAAUCGAGUGCUACUUGACGGCUUUCUUGGUGGCUUAAUGUCGUUCGUGCUUUUCUGGACAUUUGCCUAUGACAUUGUCCACAUAUUUUGAUGGAUGGAAUGUGCAAGUGUUUCAAGUGAAGACUAUUUGGACACCUCUAGCUCUUACCGAUCCUUACUGGAAUACAGUUGCAUUCUACAAUUACUAGAUAGCUUUUGAUGAUAUUCUCGUUUCUAAACUGAGGUUUACUACCAGAGUUUUGUCUGUUUAUGUAUUAUUUACAAUAGUAUCUCAAGUGAGAAGGAGGCUUAAUGCCGUCCAUUAUUUGUGGUUGUCAGAUUGGCUCUAGGUUAUUGUUUUUGAAGUUUGUUUCCUUAUAUAGAUUGCAAUUUCGUCAAA